UAAUUGUUGAUAUGCCACUUAUACUCCAUUGCUGAACCUCCAACUUUUAUUUCAAAAUAGAAAAUCCAUUAGUACUAGCAGAUGAAGUGAUGGCAAUAGUUCUUAGCAGUUUAUGGUUGCUGCUUCUUGUUACAGAUUCCAUUGAAGCCUCUCCAGAUGAGGGACUCAUAGAAGAUUUGGCUAUUGUAGAUAAGAAAGCUGUGGAGCAACUAACCGAAGGAUUGAUUUCUUAUUAUUUGCCUGAUCUUCAGCGAUCAAAACUAGCCCUGCAAGAGCUCACACAGAAUCAAAUAGUAUUACUAGACACGUUAGAGCAAGAAAUCACAAAAUUCAAAGAAUGUAAUUCUGUUCUUGAUAUCAAUGCCUUGGCUCCUGCUGGCCGCCACCAUCUUGAAAAUGCCAUUUUGAAUGGCCAUGCUGGAUGGCUCCCCUGUCCAGAUGAGCACAGAAAGUUUUCAGAAGCUAAACACUAUCACAACAAGUUAGUGAAUAUUAGAAAAGAGAUGAUGAUACUCCAUGAAAAGACGACAAAACUAAAAAAAAGAGCACUUAAACUUCAGCAGAAGAGGCAGAAAGAAGAACUAGAACGAGAACAGCAACGUGAGAAGGAACUUGAAAGAGAGAAACAGUUAACAGCAAAACCAGCUAGAAGGACAUAAAAGCCUGUGCAUACCUCAACUUGUCCAAAUCAAUUAUUUUUAAACUUUCUGGACUUGUUAAGGCAGAAUCUAUUAUACUGGUGAGCUAAAGUUGUUAUUGGGAAAAGUCUCUUGUACAGUUUUUUAGAAAUUCCAGAAUGCUAAAUAACCAGUUGGUAAAUAGCCACUUUUCCAUUUCAACCAUUCAGGAUGCCUUCCUUUCUAAUGCUAUGCAGUUUAAUAUUAAUCAUAACGUAAAUUUAGUUUUGAUAUAUGUAGGGGAAUUUAAACAUAAUUUUAAGUACAUAUCUGUUCACUUUCAUCUUUCUGAUGUUUUAAAUAUUCACUAAGAAAUAGGCUGUGUAUUCUUUCAGACAAAAUGUUGAAUGUGACUUGUGCAGUUCUGGGAGUUCAGUUUGGAUCCAUGGACUUCCACAGCUCUGUACUCCUUUGAGGAUGCGUCAGUUCAGAUUUGUCUAAUUGUUGACGUCAUUGGUCACAAGUAAUAGCCUUUUAUGCCAAUUUCGGUAUAGUGGUUCUACCUCCCCCCGAUUGCUAUGUAACUGAGCAUGUAUAUUAUUGAUCAUGUGUGAGAAGUGCAAAUGUCCUUAUUUUGGGAUUCUUUCCUCCUCUCCUACACUUCACACGCAGAGGCUGAUGGUCUCCCCAAUAU